CACGCGCACAGCACAGCAAAGGCAGCUACUCCAUCCAUCCAUCCAUCCCACCCGUAAGUAAAUCACACACGAUUAUGAACGGCUCGCUACGCUUGCUUCACCAACUAAGAAAGAGUCUUCAUGAUCUAUCUAUAGCAGAAGGGUAGACAGACGUACCUCACUCCCUCACAGUGGUUGGUUCCUUCCUCCUUCCUUCAACUACCUACGGUCUGCCUGACAGUGUCUCUGUCAGCACCUCAAAGCCCCCUGGCAAGAGGUCCGGGGGUGUCUCAUCUUCCACGCAGGGGAUGCCCAUAGAGCCGGCCAACGAAGAUAUUGUAGAUACGUAAGCCCAGCCCAUCGGAGGGAUGUACAGCCCCAUAAGGCUGCCGUUGUACUUUUUCCGCCUCUUGGUGCUGUUCCGCCUCUUGGUGCUGUCGAAACCUACACACACACACACACAGACACACACAGACACGCACAGACACCCACAGACACAGGGAUGGAUGAGAGACAGACAGGCAGGCAGGCAGGCAGACAGACAAGUGCAUGCGACACAGGCACACACACGUUCUGGCUCGCCGAUAGCGUGGAACAAGUCAAUGUAGAAGUCCGCAAAGCUCCUCGUGUCCUGGCAGUCCUCCUGCGCGGCGCGAUGACACUCCACCAUCGUGAGCAGCUUGCUGAUGGAUGAUAUAUAUAUGGAUGCGAUGCAGACAGACAGACAGACAGACAGACAGACAGGAGGGAGACCAACAAGACAGACAACACACCCACCCCAUCCGUGUGUGUGUGUGUGUGUGCGUCUAAUCGAUGUCUGUCGCUCAGUCAGUGACUGAUGCCCACACUCACUCAGUCACUCAGUCACUCACUGACCCACCUGUCGAUAGAGGCGUGCAGACGGCCGUCCCUCCACUCGAUGUGGUCGGCAAUGGCCCGGAUGAUGUCCUCAUCCUCCAGCUGGUCUAUCAUAUCCUCGUCGCAGUACCCCGUGUUCCAGAGAGCUGAGCGGAUGUACCACCUGAAGACCUUCAUCAUGCACAGCUCCCCUCGGGACACCCAGUAGUCGGCUUGCAGUCUGCAAGUGAAUGAAAUGAGCAACACACGAUGGCCGGCGAUGGAUGGACGCUCCCUGCCUGUCUGCCUGCCUGCCUGUCUGCCUUCCUGCCUUGUUGACCUGUCAAGGUAUCUAUCCUUCUCCCGAAACACGUGGUACCAGCCAUACAGCCCCGCAGUAUGCUGCUGCAUCUGCACCGCAUCCAUCCAGCCAUGGAGCCGGACGACACUCAUGAGCACAAAGCACUGACAUCGCAGCCGUGCGUGUGUACCUGAAACAAAUCAUCCCGGUGCUUGCUGACCGCACCAACACCGGCGUCUGCCGCUUGUUUGACCAUGUGACCUUCGGGAGCCUUCGGUGUCUGCAUCAUGUGCAGCACGAGAUGCUGGCGGAGCCUCGCGAUGAGGGGACUGCGUGAGCGGAGAGGGCCAGGCGGCGAGAGAUACGCAGGGUGAUGACUCGUGUUGCCGCGUGGGAUGAUGAGGGCCAGAACAAAGCCGAACCAAGCAGGGUUCCUUUUCAUUCAC